AUGAGAGAUUUUGACGAGUACGUGCUAACAAGACUGCUGCCUGUCAAUGUAUCGAGGAGUACAUAUAUGUAGAUGUUCGAUACCACCAUUGUAGAAGAAAGGGCUGUAUUGAUUAGACGGAUAUGACUGGUGAAGGAUGCUGUCGGAGACAAUGCCGCGUUAAUUAGACUGAAUGUUAAUCGGAGAGACGCCAGUCUCUCCCAUCCACGGCACGAUGUCAGUCGCCACGGUGUUACCGAUGGAGGGAAGAGAAACGCCGAGCCCGGGACGUGGCAGACGGGUGGGUAGUACGUCUACGUAUGGCCGUGCGAGUGUUUCCACCAUUGGUUCCACCGCUGGACGAAGCAGUACUUCCACAAAUGGGCGGGGGAGUGUAUCGACAACCGGAAGAGGAAGUACGUCACGGCCACCUAACGAUGUUGACCUUGUUUAUAUCCAGUCCCUUACCAAUCACCAAAUAGAUAAAUGGAAAGCCUUAUUCGAAACAGUAGACCGGACAGGUGGCGGAGAAAUGACAGUUGAGGAUUUUGAGCGUGUCCUACAAGAUCCCGAAUUUUAUCCGGACUUGGACAGACACACUGCAGAGGUCUUAAUGAUGAAGUGUCUGGAGCCUAAUCGUCAGUUCAUAUCCUAUCAAGAAUUUAUCAAUAUUAUGAGUAAUAAAAGAAAUCCAAGUUUCCGACUCGCCAUAGAGACACAGGGUAAGGAACAUUUUCUACUGACCAGUCAGUACCGCAACAACACCACAUUUUUCCGCGGAAUGGUGCGCUACGUAGCCGAGCAGUACCUGACGGACGAGUUGGACAGACAGUACUACGCAGACAAGUACAGCUGCUGUCCGCCUCCACUUUUCAUUCCAUUUAUAACUAUGGCAGAGGUGGGUUUUUUUGUGUAUCACUGCCUGGAGGCCAACAACAUUAGUCCUACCGGCCCCGUCCCAGUAGAAAGCGUCUUCAUUUACCGUCCCGACCGCCGCCUACAACUGUGGAGAUUCAUUUUCUAUAUGUUCAUACAUGCCGGAUGGGUACAUUUAUUUUUCAAUAUGUUGGUACAAAUAAUAGUUGGUAUUCCCCUGGAAAUGGUACACGGUUCUUUCCGGAUUGCACUCGUGUAUCUGGCUGGAGUGUUGGCAGGAUCUCUUGGGACGUCAGUGUUUGACAUCAAAGUAUAUCUAGUAGGGGCCUCAGGAGGGGUCUAUGCUUUACUGGCAGCUCAUCUUGCAAACGUUAUGCUGAAUUAUACUCACAUGGAGUUUGGUGUACUGAAAUUGGCAGCUGUUCUUGUUGUAGCUAGCGCAGACGUUGGCUUUGCAAUAUGGGACCGCUAUUCCAGCUUAGACAAGGCGCCACCUGUUGGGUACACCGCUCACUUAAUGGGGGCGCUAGCGGGAUUAACUAUGGGACUUGUUGUUUUGAAAAACUUUGAACAAAAACUGCAUGAACAAUACUUGUGGUGGAUAUCACUGUCAAUAUACCUUGUUUGUUUUGCGUUCGCCAUUUUCUGGAAUGUGUUUUAUUACUGACGAUCCCUAAGGAGUUUUUCAUUUUCGUCAUCCUCAUCUGUACUUUCCUUGACUCAGGUAGCGCCUAUUGGCAUGCUACCUGAAGCGUAAUAGUGUGCUACAGGAGUCUUUAUAAUACUCUGAAGAAAUACUCUGGAUCUGGUGCUUUAAGCCAUUCCUACUAGAUAUGUUAAUAAUACUACCGAACAGGAAAGAGACAACAAACUCAAGUUUUAAGACGUUAUGUCUAGUUCUAUGAGAGCUACGAUUUUGUCAAUGGUAAACUGUUGUAACUUACAUUUCUAUUGCAAUGAAGCCCUUUUCUCUGUUACACUCUGGUGACACUGUGUGCUUGUAUACUAUCACCGUACGUUUGACAAAAUCUUACGUGGAACAAGAGAAAAAUGAAAUUCAAAAACCCAACACAUUGGAUCGAAACAAAAUGGAACAGGGAUCCCACUGUCACAACAACACGUGUUCAGGAUGAAAAGCUGUCUUUUCCCUCAUCGACAACAGUCAGUGAUGUGAUUCAAUAGAAAUGAUACCGCGUUCUCAAUUACUCGAACAGAACAUGGAAAGUAUUGGACUGAAGGAUUCUGAAUAUCCAUCUUUUUAUAUUGAAAACACGAUCUGUU